GCACCGGGAUCGGGGCCGUCUGCCGGCCCUGCCUGCCCCGGCACCCCGCGCCCCUCCCCCUCCUCCAGGAAUCCCUCUGCCCCUCCCCCAACCCCCUGUGCCCCUCCUCCACACCCCCCAACCCUUCUCCCCCCUGCUCCCCCAAACCCUGGCCAUUGCCCCUCAUUGUCAGCGCCCCCACCUGAGGCCCCGCUGCAGCCCGGCGCCCCGCAUGGGGCCGCGUCCCCCGGGAGGAGAUGCGGAGGAGCCUGGCGCCCAGCCAGCUGGCCAAGCGCAAGCCGGAUGGUGCCGACGAGGACGAGGACUGGUGCCCGCCCGCCACACCGAAGAGGCAGAAACCUGGCAGCGACACGGAGAUUUGGGAAUGCUACGUGUCGCCUUUCCGGAAACCCCUGGCUCAGCUUACCAAUCGGCCUCAUUGCCUUGAUAGCAGCAAACAUGAGGCAUUUAUCCGCAGCAUUUUGUCAAAACCCUUCAAAGUCCCCAUUCCAAAUUACAAAGGGCCUCUGGGCUUGAGGGCGCUGGGCAUCAAGCGGGCAGGGGUGAGGAACUCCCUCCACGACCCUUUUGAAGAAGGAGCUCUGGUUCUCUACGAGCCCCCUCCACUGAGUGCGCACGACCAGCUGAAAAUAGACAAGGACAAAGUGCCAGUCCAUGUGGUGGUGGAUCCUGUUCUCAGCCGCGUCUUACGGCCCCAUCAGAGAGAAGGGGUGAAGUUCCUGUGGGACUGCGUAACCAGCCGACGGAUCCCCGGCAGCCACGGCUGCAUCAUGGCUGAUGAGAUGGGGCUGGGCAAGACCCUGCAGUGCAUCACGCUCAUGUGGACGCUGCUUCGGCAGAGCCCUGACUGCAAGCCAGAGAUUGACAAGGCCAUGGUGGUGGCCCCGUCCAGCCUGGUGAAGAACUGGUAUAACGAAGUAGAGAAAUGGCUAGGAGGACGGAUCCAACCUUUGGCUAUUGAUGGAGGCUCCAAGCAUGAGAUCGACAAUAAGCUAGCCGGAUUCAUGAACCAGCGCGGCUUGCGGGUGCCUUCCCCCAUCCUGAUCAUCUCCUACGAGACCUUCCGCCUCCACGCCGAGGUCCUUCGGAGGGGCAGCGUCGGGCUGGUCAUAUGUGACGAGGGUCACAGGCUAAAGAACUCCGAGAACCAAACCUACCAGGCUCUCAACAGCCUGAACACCCCCCGGCGCGUCCUCAUCUCGGGGACCCCCAUUCAGAACGACCUGCUGGAGUAUUUCAGCCUGGUGCACUUCGUCAACUCGGGAAUCCUCGGGACGGCGCAGGAAUUCAAGAGGCAUUUCGAAAUCCCCAUCCUGAAAGGCAGGGAUGCUGCCGCCAGCGAGGCGGAGAGACAUAAAGGGGAAGAGCGGCUGAAGGAGCUGAUCGGCAUCGUGAACAGAUGUUUAAUCAGGAGGACGUCGGACAUUCUCUCCAAGUACCUGCCCGUGAAGAUCGAGCAGGUGGUAUGCUGCAGGCUGACGCCCCUCCAGGCCCAGCUGUACAAGAACUUCCUGAAGCAAGCAAAGCCGGUGGAAGAGCUGAAGGGUGGGAAGAUCAGCGUCUCCUCCCUCUCCUCCAUCACCUCCUUGAAGAAGCUCUGCAACCACCCUGCCCUGAUCUAUGAGAAGUGCGAGGAGGAGGAGGAGGGCUUUGUCGGAGCGAUGGACUUGUUCCCUGCUGGCUACAGCACCAAGUCACUGGAGCCCCAGCUCUCAGGGAAGAUGCUGGUUCUGGAUUACGUCCUGGCGGUCACUAGAAGCACCAGCAAUGACAAGGUCGUGCUGGUCUCCAAUUACACCCAGACGCUGGACCUGUUUGAGAAGCUCUGCCGGAGUAGGAGGUACUUAUACGUCCGACUGGACGGCACCAUGUCUAUUAAAAAGAGAGCGAAGAUUGUGGAGCGAUUUAACAGCCCCUCUAGCCCCGAGUUCAUCUUCAUGCUCAGCAGCAAAGCCGGCGGCUGCGGCUUAAAUCUGAUUGGAGCAAACAGACUCGUCAUGUUCGACCCAGACUGGAAUCCAGCCAAUGACGAGCAAGCCAUGGCUCGGGUCUGGAGGGACGGCCAGAAGAAGACCUGCUAUAUCUACAGGCUGCUCUCGACAGGGACGAUAGAAGAGAAGAUCUUCCAGCGGCAGACCCACAAGAAAGCACUCAGCAGCUGCGUGGUGGACGAGGAGCAGGAUGUGGAGAGGCACUUCUCGCUGGGGGAGCUCAGAGAGCUGUUCACGCUCAACGAGACCACAGCCAGCGAUACCCACGACAAGAUCAAGUGCCGGCGCUGCGUGAACGGCCACCAGGUCAGGUCCCCUCCGGAGGGAUCCGACUGCACGUCCGACCUCUCGCAGUGGAACCACUGUGCCGAGAAGCGCGGGCUCCAGGACUCGGUGCUGAAGGCCGCCUGGGACGCUGCCGUCACCUUCACGUUCCACCACCAUUCCCACGAGGAGCAGCGAGGGAUUCCUUAGCAGGCCGCCUGCCCUAGGGAGGAGGGAAGGCUCCUAUGGAAGUCAAGCCCGUUUCAGCAGCUUUCUGAGAGACCCCCAUGGCAGCAUACGCUGCAUCUAUAAUGGGACCACACUGGUCUGGUUUCUCUGAGCAGGAAGAGCUUUCUAGCCUGCCUGGAGCAGCGGGAAGCACCUGGCAGUAUUUGUGGCGUCGCUCUUUGACUUGGCUAUGGUGCACUUCAUUCACUCGGGACAUUUGAACAGCGUCAGAUCCUGCCUCUAUGAUAGCAGGCAAGCAGGAUGCUGGUACCACACAGUUGGCACAGGUGCCUUUUAUCCAGGAGAACCCCAUUGCAGGCAGCAAAGCGCCCUCUUCUGAUUGAUGGUAAUAGCUAGUUGCCACUACUACGUGCAUUAGAUCUGGGGUGUCAAACGUAUGCCCCUGUGGGUCAGAUCCAGCCUGCAGAGCCAUGCCACAAGGCUGCGGGGCUGGGGCUCACUGCCGAGACUUGGGGUAUGUUGCUCCAUGCUGUAUUAACCUCUAUAGCUCCCUGACACUGCUUGCCCUACUGCCAGAGGUGGAUCCAGAUCCAGCCUGAGGCCAAACCUGCUUGACCUCCCACCCCUGCUCUAGAGGCCAUAACUAGUGGCUGAUAAGGUGCAGGUGUGUUAUGAAACCUGAGUCUUGCAGGUUAUUCUAAAAAUAAGAUCUCCACCCAAGAUCAGUCCAGGUGAUGAAGUCAUUUAAACCAUGACUUUCCCAAACAGCUGGUCAAUUGGGCAUCCACUUCGAGACACUUUAGCUUGUUUUUUGUUUUAAACUUGGAAUACACGGUUUAAUGUAACUACAGAAAACGUUGGUCUUCAUUUUAUUUUUAGGAGGAAAAAUCCACCUGAUCUGAUUUGCAGCAGCAGGCUUUUUAGUGAGAUUUUCCCUUAUUGUACAGUCGAAAGAGUUCGUAGCAAUGCAACGAUUCCACUCAACUGCCUUUUUAUUAUAAAAUAAAGUUGCUGAAGGAUAAUGAAAACUCA